AUGCAUCCUCUAAUGUUUACUAGAGGGUCCGACCCAUUUAUAGCAGAGAAUUGGGUGCAAAAGAUAGAAAAGAUACUAAAAGUUCUACACUGCACCGAUGAGCAGAAGGUUCUCUACGCUACGUUUCAGCUGGUAAGAGAAGCUGAGAGGUGGUGGGUGGCUGUGAGCCUGCCUGAGGAGCAGAGGGCUAAUUCAUCAGGGAUGACGUGGGGCCAUUUUAAGGAGGUGUUCUUCGAGAGAUAUUUCUUGAUUUUCGUCUGUGAUGCGAAGGCAAACGAGUUCUUAAGUUUGACUCAGGGGACCCUGAUAGUGCAGAGUUACGAAACUAGAUACAUCAAGUUGUCUCGCUUUGCGCCGUGUAUGAUCUCGAAUGAAUACGAAAAGGCUUGGAAGUUUGAGAAGGGCCUGAGGAAGCACAUUCGUAAGCUGGUGGGAAUGUUGCAGAUUCAAGAGUUUUCUGUUCUAGUGGAGAAGGCCGCAGUAGUUAAGAUAGGGACAGUGGAAGAAGAGGAACUAUGGUUCAAGAAAUCGCCAGAAUAUGGAACGGUAGGAUCCGCAAGGGGAUACUUCUCGCGAGCAUUGUGCCAAGUGUCGUAA